AUGGCCUCCCGUUUCACUACUCCCAAGGGAGACGAUGAUGCCUUCAGCCGGUUUUUGACUUCCCUCGACCUCUUGCACUGUGACGAGCACCUUACUGGCCUCGAAAAUGCAGUCGCUAGAGCAGAACACGAGCUCAACAUUUGGGCCCGUCAGUUGAGUUCCUCCGCCGCCGAAAACACUACGAUUGCCGCAGCUGGCGCGCACGAGCGUCAGUUGUCCAACUCACACGUACGCCGUAAGCACGCUGCGACCGGUCCCGCCCAAACCGAAGGAGGCCUCAUUGCCGAGCCAAACGUUGUCAACCGUCUGAGAGCUUUUUUGGACAGCGUCUCCAACAUGGUUGCAGUCUCACGGGAGCUGUACCGGCUCUGGCAGUCCAUCUGGAAGAUCUACGAGGAAAUCAAUCGGCCUGGACCCAGCAAAUCCGCAAAGAUGUACAAAGCCCUGUUCAACGGCCAGUACAGAGAUUGGCUAUUGGGACGAUUGAGUGAGAUCGAAGGACGAUAUGAACGUGCACGCGAAGAGUUCCAAGCGCAGUUGGAGGCAUGCAGAGACCUCCUCUGA